CUCUCAUUCUCUUAGUUUUCCGAAUUAUUUUCUGACGGAUAUUUUGUGAAUAUUUUGUUGUUGUUGUUGUUGGGAGAAUUUAUGCUACAAUCAAAUUCUAUGACAUUGACAACCUCUUAUCUACGAAGUGGAUGCAAUAAUUGUAGUUGUACAACGCCAAAUCAAUGUAUCUGCUAUCUGAAUAAAUUCCCUUCGCAUAUUUAUCCCCUCGCCUUGAUGUCAUCAUCAAAUAAUAAUAAUAUGAGUAAUACUCGUAGCGAUUUUAAAGUAUAUUCCCAUGCUAAUCAUAAUAAUAAUAAUAAUAAUUGUAAUUAUUACUUAUCUAAUGAGAAAUUAUAUGAAUUACAAAUGAAAUCAUUAUCGAAUCCUCCGGUAGAUACUACUCAUUUCCACAAUAAUAGUAGUAGUAAUAGUAGGAGUAGUAUAAGUAGUAAUAGUACUAAUAGUGUAAACAGUUGUACAUAUUCACCACAGAAUAAUAAAUAUCACAGAUCUAAUCUGAACGCUUCAAUCUAUUCACCGAUAACAACAGCAGUGGCAACAGCAACAGCGAUUCCUUGUAAUGAUUUCCUGUCAACUACCCGUCGACUGUUUCAUCUCGAUAAAUUCACUGAAAGCAACCCCAGUCAUGAGUUGUGUAAACAAGACGAAAAAGAAGACGCAGAGGCAGAAGUGGGCUGUUCAUUUCUCCGUCAUCCGAGUAAUCCUCAACGAUACAGUGAUACUGAUAAAGCGAAAUUAAUUUCACUAGCGUCAUCUAAUAAAACUGCAAAUCCAUUCCAUCAACUGCUGACAUCUUCCCCAACGACAAUCUCGGCAUUUACACCAACUGGAUCCCUGCAAAAUGAUUCAAAUGUAAAUUUGUUGAAAGUAUUAAAUCGUGAAUUUAUUCCUUGGUGCUAUGAUCAUGAUCAUGAUCAAAUGAAUACUCCCUUGACUACUGAUAAUCAUAAUCAUCAUAUUAUCAGUAGUAUGGUUAGCAGUAGUAAUUCAAAUUCUACCCUACUUAAUAAUCAUCAUCAUUUCAAUGAAACCAAUUGGUGUCCAAAUAUGUUUACAAUGAAUGAAUAUUUUGAUAGUAACACUGCUAAGAAUGCUGUGUCUGAUAUGUCGUAUACACAACAAUAUUCUCUAUCUAAUGAAUUUCUUCUUAUGAAUAAAUUGAAAGCCAGUGGGAAUACAAAUUUAUCCUCUGUAAUGAAUAACUCGUCUAGUAUGAUUACAGAUCGUCUGCCGCAUAUUGAUUAUACAACUUCUUCAGAAAGGAUAAAAAAAUUUUGGUCUUUAAAUGAUAUAUACAAUCAAUCGAUAGAUAUGAGGAGUCCAUCAACCCUUGAAACAGCUAUAACCACGAAAACAGCAACUUCAACACUGCAAACAGUACCAACAACAACAACAACAAUGAUAUCGUCGAUGUCACAUUCCCCUAGAACAUUACUUCCACCACAGUGGGAUUUCAAUGGUAGUAAUAAUAACGCUAGUGGUAAUAGUAUUAUUAGUAUCAGGAAUAAUGACAUUAAACCCACCUGUAAUUCAUCACGUAAACGUUCACACACAAAAGAAUCAAAAACAACUGAUUUUAAAAAGUGUAAGUAUACCACUACCACUACCACUACUAACAAUAACCAUUUAAGUAGUUACUCUCAGGAUAAAUAUUUCACUGAAUAUCCCUAUCAAAAUAACGACGACAGCGGCAAUCAUGAAAUUAUUGACAAUAAUAGUAGAAUUAAGUCGAAUUCUACUACCACUUCGAAUGAUGGAAAAAGAAUAUCAGACAUAACUCUAAAGAAUGUGAUGAACAGUCGUCACAAUGAUGAUAGAGGAGGUGGUUAUGGAGAUCCUGGCUAUAUUGACGACGAUAACGACGAUGGUGUCAGUCGCCACUCUUUUGUCGAUGAUGAUAAUGAUGACAAUAAUGAUACACAAAGUCAAAAUGAAUACUUGCCAACAAUAAGUCGGAAAAAAGGUCAACUAUCACAUCAUAAUUUAAACAAUAUCAGUAUGAAUAAACCGCGUAAAGAACGUACCGCUUUUACUAAACAACAAAUAUGUGAAUUAGAAAAAGAAUUCACUAUACACAGUUAUUUAACACGAUUAAGAAGAUAUGAAAUUGCUGUAGCGCUGAAUUUAACUGAAAGACAAGUUAAAGUAUGGUUCCAGAAUCGAAGAAUGAAAUUUAAACGAAUGAGAAGUAACAGUGUUUCCAAAGAUGAUUCCUAUUCAAUCCCCCUUCCAUAUGAUGAUGUAUGUUCAAGUAUGCAACAGCUUUGUUAGAAAUAAAUCAAAUAUUCUUUAUAAUGAAGCGGAAAAUUUCAGAAAAUUUCUUUUUUGUCUUAAUUUCUUCUUCUCCUUCUGAUACGAUUAACUACUAAACUAACUCCACCCCCUUGCUAAUUUAUUCCACUUUUCUACCCCCUUAUUCUUCUCCCCCUACGAUAUUUUUUUGCGUUGGCGUGUGAACGUGUCACCCUAUUUGUGUGUGUGGGUGUAUUGGAGUGCGUAGGCGUAUUUUUGUGCGUUUCUGUCUCG